AUGUUCUUUCCAGCAGAGGAGGAUGCGCAUGAGUUCUACAAACGGUAUGCAAAGGAGGCUGGAUUUGGAAUAAGGUGGGACAGGACUAAGAAAACAAUUAGGAAAAUAUCAUGCUCAUUGGCAGGGAAGUGGCAGUACUUCAAGCCAGGGGAAACAAGGAAGCGGAACAAGUUCUCUAAAAAAACAGGGUGCAAAGCAUACAUGAAGCUGAAGGAAGUGGAGAAUGAGGACAGAGAGUAUGAUGGCAAGGUGAUGGUGGAGAAUAUUAGGCUGUUACACAACCAUCCAUUAGCGAAAACACCAACAGUAACAAACCAGAUGGAGUGUCACAAGCAUAAGGAUGAGACGGUGAUGGAGCUUUUGGACGAACUAAAUACAAGCAAUGUGCCAAUCAACUGUACGAUAAAUAUGCUGAGCGAGAUGCAUGGGGAAGAGCAGAACGUCCCACUAACAGCACGUGACAUAGGAAACAGGAAAGCAGGUAAGACGUGGGAGGAGAAUGCAGAUGACAUAGGGAAAUUGAUUGAAUUUUUCCGUUACUGUCACGAACAAAAUCCACAGUUUUACUGGGACGUUGAUUGUGAUAAAGAUGGAUACAUCAAGAACAUGUUUUGGAGCCAUGCAAGCAUGCAGGGGGACUAUGCGGACUUUGGUGCCAAUGAUGCAAUGACCUUUGACACAACGUAUAAGACAAACACAUAUGAGAUGCCUCUUGCAAUGUUUGUUGGAUCGAACCAUCACAACCAGAACGCUAUAUUUGGGUGCGCACUUCUACGACACGAAACAAUUGAUGCCUUCAGAUGGUUGUUUGGGACAUUCAAGAGGUGCAUGGGAGGGAAAACACCAAGAUGCAUCCUAACCGAUGAAGACCCAUCAAUGAAGGUGACAAUACCUGAGAUGUUCCCGGGUAUAGUACAUAGGCUGUGCAGAUGGCAUGUGGUAAAUAAAGUGCAGACUAAACUCAAUGAGUUGUACGAGCUGCACAAAGAACUGAAAGAUGUGUUCAAUUCAACCAUCAACCAUCCACUGAUACCAACUAAGUUUGAGAGUGCGUGGGCAGAGAUGUUGUCAAGAUUCAAACUGCAGGAUGACCCGACAUUAAGAAGCCUGUACAAUAUAAGGGAAAGGUGGGUAAAGGCAUUCUUCAAGCAUAAAUAUUGUGGAAGGAUGACAUCUACACAACGGAGCGAGAGCACUAACAUGAUGGUUAAAAACAACUUUGUGAACCACACAACUGUGCUCCAUAAAUUUGCCAAGCAAAUGCUGAAGGUUAUCCAAAGGCGGAGAGCGGCCGAGGCCGCAGAGGAAUAUGGUGGCAUGUGCAGAACAGAUGAGAGUGGCUGGGGAUUUGUUGAUCAGCUACGACGGGUGUAUACAAGAAGAGUUUUCGAGCAGGUACAGAGGACAGUGACUUCAGCAACAAGGUACCGAAUUGACGAUGAUCCUGUGGGGAGAAAAAACCACUACCUGGUAUCACACACUAGAAGAACAAACAAAAUAUCAUGGGGUCAACAUCAAUUCAAGGUGUGUGCCGAUAUUGAAUGUCAGAAGUUCACGUGCGAAUGUAGGACAUGGGAACACACAGGUUUGUUCUGCGAACAUCUGAUUCGAGCAUUCAUGCAAGCACAGGUGGAGAGUAUACCAGGGAGCUAUAUUCUUAGGAGGUACACCAGGAAUGCAAGGAUGGAACUUCCAUUUGACCGACAUGAUGAGAGAUUGGUUGGACCGGAUGGGACAACACAGAAAUACCGGCAAACAACACUGCUAGUGGUUGCAAUGGCAAUUGUUCGUGCAGGAAGCAUGUCAAGACCGGCAUACGACAAGGCAAUGAAAGAUCUGAAAAUUCUAAGAGGACAUAUUGAGAACCUACCAGCAGACAUUGGACAUUCACAAGGAGAAACAAGUACAAUUACCUCAAGACAGGGUUGGGAGCAAACAUAUAGCAGCCAGGCGACAGAUGGCAUGUGCACAGAAGAAUUUCAUGAUGAAAACAUUCACACUACAACCGUAAAUGGAAUUAUGGAGUCAAGAGCACCACAUAUAAUCAAUAUGGUCAACCGUGCACCCCCUCCAAAGGCCAAAACCAAGGGACGUAGGGUGGAUGAGGGAGAGAAGCGAACACUAGGCGCAAGAGGGCCUAAGAAAUGUAACCGAGCUUGCAAGCUUUGUGGAAUCGCAAAUGGACAUAAUAGAGGAACCUGUCCGGAAAACCCAAAGAACAAGGAUAGGAUUGCCAAGCUGAAUCAAGGUUCGAGAAAGAGGGGGAGGCCAAAGGGUAGCGGGAAGUCAACGGUGGCAGGCAAUAAAAAUAAGGUUUGCCGGUCGCUGGAUGAAGAUCUGCACGUGCGUAGAGUUUCUGAGAACUAUUCUGAAGAAGAAUAUUCAGUUGGGGAUGAGGAAAAUGCAACUACAACGGAUGAAGAUUCAGAAUGA